AUGGGCCGCGAGUGGCGAUCAGGAUGGCUUUUGGCCGUAUUGUUGGCGUUGGCCGGAGCACAACAACAGGCUGAAGACGUUCAGGAUGUCAUCAUUAUUGGAGCGGGACUGGCUGGGCUGUCGGCAGCGAAUAGGAUUCUUGAUCAAUCCCCCUCCACAAAGCUGCUCGUGCUCGAAGCGAAAGAAGCGAGUGGAGGGCGUCUCCUCGCCCAUCAGAUGAAGACAGCGCAGGGCCAGCAGGCCGUCGACAUCGGCUCCCAAUGGAUCGGCCCCAAGCACACGGCCCUCCUCGCGUUGGUCCAGAAAUUCGGGUUGACCGCUGAAGUUCAGCCAAUAUGCGGCGAGCGCAUCAUCCUCAGCAAGAACACCGCGGGUACCAACUUUUUGAGCAGGAGGCGGAAGAGAUCGUACCAGUGGUCAUCUCUCGGCACGAGCCCCUCAAUCUCUGAUGUCUUCUCCUCGUCUGACCUUGCCGAAUUUGGUGGAGAAUCCGCCGCCGGUUUCAUCAAGAGCGGCAACCUCGACUCGGUCGAUGGCGAUGGCAUUCGACGACUUCUGCAGGUGUUCUACGAUGCGCCCGACACCACCGUAUCCGCCCUCCAGCUCCUCCUGACGGCCAGCAGCGAGAAUUCGACGAUCGACGAUGUGCUCUCGGAAAUGGGCCACGGUACUGGGCUUCGUGUGAAAGAGGGAUUGGGACAGUUGGUUAGCAAACUGGCCACCCGGGAUGGCCUAACGAUCACCUACAGCUCGCCAGUCACCACGAUUUCUCAAGAAGACGACGGCACGCAAACGAUCACGGCUGGAGGCAAGAAAUAUUCGGCAAAACAGGUGAUCAUCGCCGUGCCGCCAGCCAUCGCCGCCGGCAUCGACGUCAACCCCGCGUUGCCCCAGAAUUUGGCGGCUUUCCUUGGUUCCUACAAGCCCCGCGGAUUCGCCACCUACUUUGCCCUGACCUACUCGACCCCGUUCUGGCGUGAAAACGGCAAUUCCGGGCAGAUCAUCUACGCUGGAACUGGCGGUGAUCUGCUGUGGCUGACGACAUUCGACACGAGCGACAACAAUGGAUGCGCGUUCGAAGGAACGCCCGGCGUGCUGUGGGGAAUUGCCCAUUUUGGCAGCGAUUCGCUGAAUGCUGAUCAGAGGUAUGCCGCCUACGUCAAAGUGAUGGCAGAAGCUUUCCCGAAUUCUGGCGAUCCGCUUGAUCAUUUCGACUACCAAUUCUACGACGACGAAUACGCGCUCGGCUCCGUUGGCACGCUGCCAGUACAGCAGAAUACUGAUGACGUUGCCGCCUUCUUCGAGGCGUUCAACGCCGAUGGACCACAACUUAACCAGAGCCUCCACUUCGCCUCGGCCGAGUACUCCUCCACGUCGAUGGGGAUGAUGAACGGAGCCGUCGUGCAGGGACAACAUGUUGCUGACGUUGUCCUGAAGCAACUCGGCGCUGGAGAUGAACAACAGGCUGGAGGAGUUGCUGCUGGAGUGGAUGCCGCUGAGAGUACGGCCGCGCCCGAAUCCACGACCUCUCAGCCGCACUACGAUUUCCAGUACUCCACCUCGCCACAGUAUCCGGAUAUCCUGACGACCGAAUCCGCUUCAUCCUCAAGCACCGCCGAGCCGGGCAGCACGACAACGUUCGACUACACAGCGGAAUUCCUCGGAAAAAUGCACGACGCCUUCAACAAGCCCAACGACACGACCGACGAGCCGACGGCUUCGAGCAGUACGGUCAUCUACCCGGAUCUGUUAAUGCAAAACGAAUCGACGACGCCGUUCGUCUACGAAACGAGCAGCCAAUACGAGGCCACCACCCCGGAUACGACUGUCGCGCCACCCGAGCAGAAGCAGUACGACUUCCCCUACAGUACCAGCACACAGUAUGCGCCGGAAGAUCUCGGCUACGGUGAAGCUUCAACCACCGAAUCGCCCGAAAAUUCCACACUUCCCGACCGAUUUGUGCCCGAUCUCGCACCCCCACCUUCGAAUCUCACCUCAAAUGGCACCGACACCGACUAUCCGGAUGACCUUAUCAGCGCCGUCGGCCUGAACGCGACGCAACCGUCUAACGAGACUGAGUCGACCUCACCCACCGAGAACCCGCUCGUCGACGAUGUGAUCAAUUUGCUAAACGGCGAAGGAAACGCGACGCAGCCGCACGCACCGGGCAAUGAGACGACGGUGGAGGAUGCCGUACUGGACAUACUAAACCCUGAUGGAUUGGAUAAUAGCACGUCACCAGCUAACGAAACGGCACUUCCGGAUGAAGUUUUGAACUUGCUUAACCCUGAUAACAGUACUUUACCCUCUAAUGAGACGUCGAUCCCGGACGAGGUGUUCAAUUUGCUUAACCCGGAAACUGUGGAUAAUAGUACGGUACCGGCUAACGAAACAGCACUUCCGGACGAGGUUUUAAACUUGCUUAACCCGGAUAACAGUACCUCACUGUCUAAUGAAACGGCACUUCCGGAUGCAGUUCUAAAUUUGCUUAACGCAGAACCGUUGGAUAAUAGCACCUCAUCAGCUAACGAAACAGCACUUCCUGAUCAAGUUUUGAAUUUGCUUAACCCAGAUGGAUUGGAUAAUAGCACGUCACCGGGUAACGAAACGGCAUUACCGGAUGAUGUUUUGAAUUUGCUAAACCCCGAGACACCCCUAAACGGCACGGAACCCUCAAAUAAUGGCACCGAUGUGGAGCUCAAUCCGACCGCCUCGCCGGACACGACCAACUCGACUACACCCGAAAAUACGACCGACUUUGACGUCUCCAACGUGACGAGCCCCAACAAUGCGACCGAAUUGGACGACUCCGCCUUCAACGCGACGACCCCACUGACGAACAGUACCGAUUCGGGCGAGGAGCCCGAAUUCGCCCGGCUGACCGUUCUCCGCGAUGUCCAGUCCGUCCCGCAGCAGGAUGAUAUGGAGAACAACACCAGCCCCACGACAGAAGCCUUCGUCUAUCAAACCUCUUCACAAUACCCCCCAGGAGCUUUUGAUGACAACGAGCCCGAAGCGAGCAGCCAGUCGCGAGCCAGCAGCACCAGCUACGCCUUCCUCUACCAAACGUCGAGCCAGUAUCCGCCGCAUACAGCUGCUUUCCGCGAGGCUACGAGUGUACAGCCCGAUCUGAACACGCUGCUCCUCGCCGAUGAGCCCCUGGUUCAACUUCUCAACGCGACAACACCAGAAGCCCCAGCCGCAACGAGCAAUGCAACGGAAUCGGCCGAAGAUCUCAUCCAGGAGGCCGUGCAGACCGUCGAGCAGAACAUCAAAAAGGUCAGCGUU